UUUUGGCUUUCGAUCAUCCAUUUCGCCUGUGCUUUGAGGGGUGUUCGGUGGCAGGAACCCGUUCUACAUUCACUGCUGCUAAGCUUUUAGUUGACUGGCUUCGGCAUGAAUGUCAUAAAAGGAGUACUUUGCGGGGGGUCAAGGCUUCGCAAGUUGAUGAGCAUGUUAUUUAUUUAUAUGCCUCGGACUAUUGCCAAAAGAGGGACAAGUGACAGUGAGACCAGACUAUUGUCCGGUGCCUCGUCUCGUUCUGGUUCUGUCUCGAGAAUAACUUCUACAUAAGACCAUAAAAAUGUCUUGGUUUCUGAUAGCAUUCUUGUUCCUACGUUUCGCAUUUAGAAUCUCCGAAGCCACCCACGAUAAGAAGCUUCCUUCCACCGCCAUCGUCGGCAUGGUCUACUGUGACACGUGCUUCAUGCAAGCGUUCUCGAAGGCCAGCCACUUCAUUCCAGGUGCAUCUGUGGCAGUCGAAUGCAAAGACGGAAGCGCCAAACUGAGCUUUCGCAAAGAAGCGAAGACUGACGAGCAUGGGGAGUUCAAAGUCUACUUGCCGUUCUCAAUCGGUAAGCACGUGAGAAGAAUCAAGGGUUGCUCUGUGAAGUUGAUCAGCAGCAGCGAGCCAAACUGCGCCCUGGCCUCCGCCGUGACCUCAUCGUCCCUCCAUUUCAAAAUGAGAAAGAAUGGAGAUCACGUGUUCUCCGCCGGGGUCUUCACGUUCAGGCCCCGGCAACAACCCAACCUGUGCGACGAAAAGCCAAGCUCAGAGUUCGGCUCCGAGAAAAGAUUCAAGUUUCCGCCUCCUAGUUAUGAUCCGACGUUCCCCCCUCCACUUCAAGACCCUGCCACACCGGACCUCCCACCAGUGACCAACGUGGUGCCUUCGGUCCCGUUGCUUCCCCAGCUUCCGCCGCUGCCGCAACUCCCUGCUCUCCCUCCUCUUCCUGGGCUCCCAAAUCUGCCCCCAGUUUUCGGGACACCUUCCAAAAACAAUCCUGGCAACGGCAGUUCAAAACCCGUCCCACCACUCGAUCGACCGGAGCGCUUUCUUCCUCCUAAUUUGGCAGCAAACCCAUUUCAGCCGGACCCCGUCCUGCCACGGAACCCACUCCAGCCAUCACAAGAGCAGGCAGUGGUCCUUCUUCCGCGGAUUCCAGGACUAUUAUUAACCCCUAUGCCAUCGUACCCGACUCCUUUUCCUCAAUCUCCAUUCCAGCCUUCAUUCGGCUUCCCGGGAAUCCCGCCCGGUCCGUCCCGCCCAAGGAAGGCUACUCCUUGAUGGAGCAUUAGCACAUAACAUAUGUCCAUGUGGAGCCUCUCCCGGAGAGAUUAUAUGCACCAUGGGUUUGGUCCGGGUGGCCUUUUUAUGAUCCGGUUUUGGCUUUGUGGAGGGAGUGGUCGGAGGAUUCGGAUCAAUCGUUUUGGGGAAGUUUGUUGGGUGCUUUUGCCUUGUCAAUAAAGAUGGCUAUGGAGGGACCUUAAGAAUGUAUUGUAACCUACGAAUAAUGAUGCUAAAAACUAGCUUCCAUUUGUACAAGCUGCAGCAUCCUGCGUGUGAAUGUCCGUCCUUUGUUUUGUUGCAACAAGAAUUGGCAUUUAGCAGAA